GAUUUGAAUGAUUAAAAUAUUUUAAUGUUAAGUUUUAAUUAAUUUGUUGUCAACAGUAUGUAUGUCUACAAUCCUAAUGCAUUAUUGUUAUGGUUUUGCUUAUGUUAUCCAGCAGUACCAUCUAGUGGUCAACAAACAACUUAACCUAUACAGUCAAACUUCCUUGUACUUUGUUCUUUCUUGCAGCACUGCUCAGGACUUCCCUUAGAAACUAUUAUGUCACUGGAUGACUACACAACCAAUUGGAUGAAGUAAAAAAAAAAAAAAAGAAAAAAAAAAAAAGCUUAAAGAGAAGGUUGUGCUGUGCUGUUUCACAUGAAAAGCCGCUGACUACUAUUUGAGUGGCAUAUUCUGCUACAUCCUCUUACUGUUCACUGACUUACUGAAAUGGAAGGAUUCUUAAGAAUUAUAGUCAUCUGUGUCUGUGUCGUUUACAUUAACACCCAAAGUUAUUAUGAAUUUGGGCUGAUUGAAGCAUGUGGUGACUCAGUUGAAGAAGAUUUCAUUGUCAAAUUUGAUGAUGAACAGGUGGCAUAUGUGGACUUCAACGAGCAAAAAGAAAUCAUCACAUUACCUGACUUUGCUGGACAAAUUGAGCCUCCGUCACUGUAUGAGGACGCAAAAAAAGCUGUAUCUAUUUGCAGAAAUAUUGAAGGUGUGCUUAAAGAGGCAUAUGCCAAUUCAUCUGUACCACUUGAAUCCCCCUGGAGCUCAAUAUAUCCCAAAAGUGAUGCACAGUUGAAUGUCAAGAAUACCCUGAUUUGUCAUGUGACUGGAUUUUUCCCUCCACCUGUCAGAGUCUCGUGGACUAAGAACAAUGUGAAUGUGACAGAUGAAUCAACAGUUAGCAGAUAUUAUCCCAACAAAGAUGGGACACUGCAUGUAUUUUCUCGACUGAGCUUCAUUCCAGAGGAAGGAGACAUUUACAGCUGUUCUGUGGAGCACAAAGCACUUCAGCAACCUCAAACCAGAACAUGGGAUGUAGAGAUAAAGGAGCCCAGCAUUGGUCCAUCAGUGUUCUGUGGAGUUGGUCUGGCUCUUGGGCUGCUGGGUUUGGCCACUGGGGUCUUUUUCAUUGCCAAAGGAAACAACUGAAACUGUUUUGGUUCUCAUGUGUAGUUGCAUGUGUGCUAAAAGUACAUUUUAGAAUUUAUUUUAAUGUUAAUUAACCAUAAAUGCCCUUUGCACCGAUUUUGCAAGUGAGAUGCUUUGGUUUUGUUUUCAGGGCUCUAUAUUGUAUACACAGCAGAUAUUGUAUUGUAUACAAUAGCCAUAAAAGUCUUCAUAAGGCAUGAUAUAAUAUUCUACUGUUGCAUUUAUUGUGGUGGUUUUUAAAUUCUAAAUGUAGUAGCUGCAUCAUGGGUCAUGAGAAACUACUCUUACUUUGUAAUAAAUGUCCCUUUUUCAACACUA